AUGGCUAAACUUCCACCAAAUCAGGAACGUGAAUUGCGGGAUGCAUUCGAUCUUUUUGAUAAAGAUCAUUCAGGAAGAAUUUCCUCAAGCGAAUUAGAAGGAGUCUUAAAAGCAUUGAAUAUAAAAGCAAGUCGUAAAGAAGCAGAAACCUUAUUGAAACAAAUGGAUAGGAAUAAUAGUGGUGACAUUGACUUUGAAGAAUUUAAAAAUUGUAUGGCACGAUCAUUUUUUAAAAAAUAUUCUAGACAUGAAUUAUUAGAUGCAUUUAAAAAAUUUGAUAGAGAUGGAAGUGGUUAUAUAACACCUGAUGAACUUCAACAAGUUUUCUCGCGUAUGGGAAAACAAUUAAGUAAAACUGAACUUCAAUCAAUGCUUGGCUCAUUAGAUACAAGUAACGAUGGACAACUUUCAUUUGAUGAAUUUUGUAAAUUAUUCGAAUGA